AUGAUCGUCUCCUUGGCGACGGUUGCUCUGAGCAGCGGCUUGAACUUCUCCUCGGGCCUGGAACCCUUCGACACUUCGUCAUGGGGCGUUUCCGAGGACCCCACCAACUCCUCCACCGAGCCAAUGGUGCGGACUCUCCCCUCAGAAAUCGAACCGGACACCUCCUCGUCAUUGGGAGUGCAGGAGGUUAGCCCUUGGGACAUCGCGCUCUGUGUCACCGGGACGCUAAUUUCCUGCGAAAACGCUUUGGUCAUCGCGGUUUUGUUCUACACGCCGACUCUGCGCGCGCCAAUGUUCAUCCUGAUCGGAUCGCUGGCUGUGGCGGAUAUGCUAGCGGGACUCGGACUCAUUUUGAACUUCGUCUUCACGUAUUUGGUGGACAGCUCCGUGGAAUUCGUGACGCUGUUGUCCGUGGGAUUGCUCAUUUCGGCUUUUUCGGCGUCAGUUUUGAACAUUUUAGCUAUAACGGUGGACCGCUAUCUGUCGCUAUACAACGCCCUCACCUACCACACGGAAAGAACAGUCACUUUCACUUACGUCAUGGUGGUUUUCAUCUGGGUUUCGUGUCUGACGCUCGGCCUACUUCCUAUUCUGGGCUGGAAUUGCUUCGAAGACGAAUCGACGUGCAGCAUCUGUCGCCCAGUAACCAAAAACAACGCCGUAGCUCUGGCGGUGACCUUCCUCCUCGUCUUCGCCCUGAUGAUGCAGCUCUACCUCCAGAUCUGCAAAAUCGCUUUCCGUCACGCGCAACAAAUCGCCGUGCAGCACCAGUUCAUCGCCAUCUCCACCACGAAGGGAGUGUCCACGUUGUCGGCCAUCUUGUGUGCCUUCGGGGCGUGCUGGCUUCCCUUCGCCAUGUACUCCAUCGUCGCGGACUCCUCGUACCCGGCGGUCUACACGUACGUCACGGUACUGCCGGCCACUUGCUGUUCCGUGAUCAACCCCAUCGUGUACGCUUUCCGAAACCCCGAUAUCCAGAAGUCGCUGUGGAUGGCGUGCUGCGGGUGCGUUCCCAAUUUUUCGCUAAGACCAAGGACUUCCAGUGACGUGUAG